CGAUCUCCCAUUGCGCCCCGUUCCUGGUGAUCUUCAUGAGAUCCGUCCGGACUACUUUGCGGCUGAUUUGUAUCGACCACCAACUCCUGAAUGUCCUCCCGCGCACUCCGCAAGCUGCAGAAGCAGCGCGAACAAGAGCUGCAGCUGGCAUCACUGCAGGCCGAGGAAAAUGACGACUCGAGCGAAGAGGAGCCGGUGUCUCGCCCGUCAAAGCCGAAGUUGAACGCCUUCGAUCUUCUCAACUCAAUGGAUGAUGAAGACGAUGAAUACGAGCAGGAAUCCGAAAACGAGGCAGAGGGGAAGGAGGUAGAGGCCGAGACCAAGACGCCAGAGCCGGUGACUCAACCAAAGGAAGAUAUUCCCGUGCCCGCAAAGCCAGCGGGCUCGGGAAAGAAGAAGAAGAAGAACAAGAAGAAGAAGCUGGCUGCCAAAUCUGAGGCUACUCCUGCUGCACCGAAGACUAAGUCUAAGAAGUUGGAUGAACUCGACCAAGCGCUGAAAGACCUGGCCGUCGACCCUAAACACGCCGUUGCAGAAAGUGGCCGCGAUGCCUCGUUCCCGAAAACCCCGGAAGUGCUUCUCGCCAUUGAUCCUAGGUUCCUGAAUGCGACGAACGAAAUGCGCAAGUUGUUUGGAAAUGUGGUGUUGGAGAACUUCGACCAAGACACUGGGUCAGGCCGUCGGAGAGACCGAAUCCAAGAGACGCUAGAUCUAGGCCAGGCUUUGGCGGGACGGUACAGUCCUGCUAGUCGGGGCCAGAGCCUGGCAGGCGCGACGCAACGGCGAAACGUCCUCAUGCAGGGCAAGGAUGAAUGGCCCCGGUCUCCCAGUGGCGGUCUUGGGAUGGAACUCACCGAGAAACUGCCGGACGGCUCUACCCUCUACAAGAUUCUUCACAACACUGCGUAUACGGACAUACAGAGACAAUUCGACAUGUGCGUAGAGUCGAUGGACCCCCAAAGAAUGAUUCAUCUCCUGCAAUACAACCCCUACCAUAUCUCCACUCUUCUCCAGGUGUCAGAAAUCGCGAAGCACCAGGGUGAUCACGCGGUUUCCGCCGACCUACUCGAGCGUGCAUUGUUCAACAUCGGACGUUCCGCCCAUUCAUCGUUCGGGAACCUUCUGAAGCAAGGCCAGGCUAAGCUUGACUUUGUGCACAUGGAGAACCGCGAGCUGUGGCUGGUUGGCUGGCGGUAUAUUGCUAAUCUUGGGAUGAAGGGUACUUGGCGGACAGCGUAUGAAUGGGCGAAGCUACUACUGAGUCUCAACGAGACUGACCCCUACUGUGUCCGGCUCCUGAUCGAUCACCUGGCCCUUCGCGGCCGAGAGUACUCCCAUUUUGUGGAGCUAUGCACACAGACGCGGCUGAGCAAGGCAUGGGAAUCCCUUCCCAACAUCCAAUGUUCGCUCGCGCUGGCGUAUCUCCGACUGAACAAGCCCAAGGAAUGCCGCGAACAGCUACGUCAGGCCAUGUCACGCUAUCCGUGGGUUUUUUGCAAGUUGGCGCAAGAGCUCGACAUCCAGCCUAUGCCGAAGAAAAUCUGGGGCAAGAUGCCACCCACGGAUGCCCAUGAACUGUUGACCGAACUCUACAUUACGCGCGCCAAGGACCUCUGGAACACCCCGGAAGCGGUUUCUUUGAUUGUGGAAGUGGCCGACACGCUUCCCGACGAAGAAGAGCCUGUUGAACCCCCGGAGAUCACGCUAGAUAUUGCGCGCCACGUAGUGCUGUCCGAUGUCCCUCGAGUCACGACGCACCUUCCGGGACGCUUUGUCGCUGGGCGCAUUUCCUCCUCCGAUCCCCUCCCUCCGUACGAGUCGGAAGCUUAUCGCCAGCAGUCCGACCCCACUCCAUCCUACUUGUCGCAGGUGCCGGACGUCGGGCGGCCGCAAUGGCUACGGGACCUUCUUGACCAGUUGAAUAAUGGGGCCAUUCACUUCCCUCGGUUCCAGCGUGAUGGGGAGGAGGUGCAGGGAGACGACGUCCCCCCGGAGGCUGAGGCUGAGGAAAACCGUGCCCCGGUACACCCGAGCGGUGACCAGCAACCACUCCUCGAACAGUGGCUGCUAAACGACGGAAUGCACACGCUGGAAGCAUUCCUCCAGCAGUACGGGGUCGACCGCGGGAACUGGGGCGAUGUUCUCGACUAUUCGCCGUUGACGGAGUAUGUGGACGCCCUGGAAUCUAUCCAGCCGGAGUCGGAGCGCAACCGGUUGCUGCAGGGGCCGAUCCGGGAGGCAAUGGGCGACAUGGCGGUCGCCAUGCUGGACGACGAGCUCCAGCUGCUCCAAUAUGACGAAGAUGACGCUUGAUACCCGGGGUUUAUCUGCAUAGUGGAAGGUGUAAGUAUCUACUGUGGGCCGUUCUGUUGUCAUGUAGAUAGAUUUCUAGAUAGCGUGUUAGCGGCAGCAAAAUGGAUGGAUGAAUGCAAAAGCAAAUCAUAGGAAUGAC